CUUCUUUACAACAUUCUCCUUCCAAUUGACUCUGUACGAGUAGUGUUAUCACCAUGGCCCCCCGUCGUUCGCAGGAUGCCGACCGCAAACUCGAGAGCGGACAGGCCAGCCAGUCCGCCAACACUGGUUUACAUCCUGCUGUUUACAUCGCUCUAUGGAUCGCGUUGAGUUCGAGUGUUAUUCUCUUCAACAAGUGGGUGCUUGCGACCGCCAAGUUCAAUUUCCCGCUAUUCCUGACAACAUGGCACAUGGGAUUCGCGACCUUCAUGACCCAGAUUCUGGCGCGGUUCACCGAUAAACUGGACUCGCGGCAUAAUGUUCCCAUGAACCCGCGGACUUACACUCGCGCCAUUGUGCCCAUCGGUCUCAUGUUCAGUUUGAGUCUUAUCUGCGGAAACCUGUCGUAUUUGUAUCUCUCUGUGUCUUUUAUUCAGAUGCUCAAGGCAACCAACGCCGUCGCGACUCUUGUGGCGACUUGGGCCUUUGGCAUUGCGCCCGCUAAUCUCCGCACGUUGGGCAAUGUGUUCGCAAUCGUGGUUGGUGUCGCGAUUGCAUCGUUUGGGGAGAUUAAGUUCGAUAUGUUUGGAUUCCUGGUCCAAGUCGGCGGUAUCAUCUUCGAGGCCCUCCGUCUCGUUAUGGUCCAGCGCCUCCUCAGCUCCGCCGAAUUCAAGAUGGACCCUCUGGUCUCGCUGUACUACUACGCGCCCGCAUGCGCCGUGACAAACGGCGUCGUCACCCUCUUCACUGAACUCCCGCGCAUGACCAUGGCUGAUAUCUACGGCUUGGGUAUGGGUACGUUGAUUGCUAACGCAAUGGUUGCGUUCUUGCUUAACGUCUCCGUCGUCCUUUUGAUCGGCAAAACCUCCGCCGUGGUCCUCACUAUGGCUGGUAUUCUUAAGGAUAUCCUCCUUGUUUUCGCAUCCAUGGCUAUCUUCCGUGACCCCGUUACCUUCCAGCAGUUUGUUGGGUACUCGAUUGCGCUUGGCGGAUUGGCGUACUACAAGCUCGGAGCUGAGAAGAUGGGUGCUCUUCUGCGGGAUCUGCGUGCGAGUUUGUGCGGGUAAGCAUUGAUUCGCGAACCCUGCCGGGAAGAAGAUUUUGGACUUUGGAGUGGGUUUGCUCCGUCCUCCGUGUUAUUUUCUCGGCAAGCGCCUGUAUUAGCGCUUAGGCUGUUUGUCUAGAAUUUUGGUAAGAUGUUGGUAUUGGUUGGGUGGUUUAGAUUACUUCAUGUAGAUAUGAGUGUGCAUCCAGCUGGCUGGGUAUACUGGAGGAAAGGAGCAGUGGUUUAUUCCCAUAUACCGUCUAAGCUUUAUUACAUUUUGGAUUAAUUACCAAAAGAUAGAAUGAAAAUUGUUCGUUAAGU